AUGAUUCCGGUAGUAGUCCAAGGGCCAUUAGGCAGUAUCGAAACUUUGGCUUUAUUAGAUGAUGGUUCGACUGCUACUCUUAUAGAUGCCUGUAUUUCUAAACGGAUAGGUGUCAGUGGACCUAAGGGGCAUAUUCGUGUACAGGGUGUUGGCGGUAUGGUUCGAGAGGACGAAGUUGAAUAUGUAGAUUUUAAAAUACGCGGAAAAUUCAGAUCGGACAUUUUCACUAUUCAAAAUGCUAGGUCUAUGGAAAAUUUAAAUUUAACAUCACAAAACAUUCGUUAUUCUGAUAUUAGUAAAUAUGAUUAUUUGUUAGAUAUAUCUCAAGAACUGGUAUAUGAUGGAACACCAACUAUAUUAAUUGGUGCUGAAAAUUGGCACCUUACUGUGUCACGUGGUAUUAGGUCGGGAACACGUUCACAACCUGUUGCGACACUUACUAGUUUGGGUUGGGUGUUACAUGGUGUUUCUAGCAGUAAAACGAAACCAGUCGAAUUUAUUAACCAUGCUAGUGUUGCUGAUGAAGAACCUACUCUCAGUUCUCUGGACGUACUGAUUAGGGACCAGUUUAGAUUAGAGGCACUUGGUGUAUCGAAACACCCUCAUUCAUUCGGUCCCCUUCAUGAUCGCGCUGUUCAAAUUUUAGAGGCUACUACUCGUAGGUUCCCAGACGGCAGAUUUGAGACUGGUUUACUGUGGAAGGGAGAUAAUUCCGACAUACCUGACAGUUAUCCGCAAGCCUAUAGACGAUUUAUAUCUUUAGAGCGUAAACUUGUUAAAGAUAGGGAUUACGGUCAGUCAUAUCGACAGUUUAUAAAUAGUUUAAUUGAGAAAGGGUACGCUGAAGAAUGUUCACAACAACACAAUAGUUUAGUAACAUCUGGUGUAAAAUUUUGGUAUCUUCCCCAUUUUGGUGUUAUGCAUCCCCAAAAAAAGAAACUGCGCGUUGUUCAUGAUGCAUCUGCUAAAACUGAAAGUGUCAGUCUUAAUUCUCUACUAUUAACUGGCCCAAAUCUAUUACGCUCAUUGUUAGGUAUUCUUUUUAGAUGGAGGGAAGGUCGUGUCGCACUAUUGGCCGAUAUAAAGGAAAUGUUUCCUCAAAUAAAAAUAAGAGAGAUUGAUAGGAACAUGCAACGCUUCCUAUGGCGCGACAAUCCUAAAUCACAUCUUAAAGAAUACAGGAUGUCUUCUAUGAUUUUCGGUGCCGCUUCAAGCCCAUGUACAGCUAUAUAUCUUUUAAAUAAAAAUGCGAAAGAGCAAGCAGAUUCCUUCCCACAGGCAUCGCGAGAGGUACUUGAAAACACAUACAUGGAUGAUUAUGUCGGGAGCGUACCUAAUGUAGAUCAGGCAGCACAACUUGCAUCUGAUAUUGUCUCUCUACAUAAAUUAGCACAGUUUGAAAUUCGUGGUUGGGUUUCUAAUUAUUCUGAAGCAUUACGAUUAAUUUCACCCGAUUUGCAGGCGACGCCUUUGACUGACAUCCAAGUAUGUACUCCAUUAGACUCCAAUAUUCGCACGUUAGGUUUAACGUGGAACCCACAUAAAGAUAUUCUAAGUUUUCGUGUUGAGUCUUUAUUAGAGGUUCCGUCUGUUUUUACUAAACGUACACUGUUGUCCCAUGUUAUGCGAUUAUAUGAUCCGCUAGGUAUUCUCUCCCCAAUAACAAUUCAUGGUAGAAUAUUAAUUCAAAAGAUUUGGCGUACUAAUAUGAAUUGGGAUGAUCCACUAGAUCAUACUCAGUCUAAAGUUUGGCAAACGUGGUUCAAUAGUUUAAAUAAUGCUCUAAAUUUAAGUAUUCCUCGUUGGUAUCUCUUUGACCAGUUUAAUGAAAAGAGUGUUGAAUUACAUGUCUUUGCCGAUGCUAGUGAAUCUGCCUACGCUUGUGUAGCAUACUGGCGUUUCAUUAGCGUUGACAACAAGGUUCAUGUAGUCUUAAUAGCUAGUAAGGCGCGUGUAACCCCUAAUAAACCGGUGUCCAUCCCUCGUCUAGAGCUUCAGGCAGCACUAUUAGCUACUCGUUUGUCAGUCACCAUUUUAAAAGAACAUACAAUAAAACCAUCUCAACGUUUCUUUUGGACAGACUCCAAAAAUGUUUUAGGGUGGUUGCGGACUGAAGCUCGAGACUUAAAGACUUUUGUGGCCAAUCGUGUUGGCGAAAUUUCGGAAGAAACCGAUGUUUCUGAGUGGCGCUGGGUUCCAACUCACUUGAAUCCUGCUGACAGCGCUACUCGUGCAAACGAUGGGAUCCCUUCAUUUUGGUUCUCAGGGCCAUCUUUUCUAUAUUUAACAUCAGAUAUGUGGCCUUUAGAAAUAUCAUCUAAAUUAAGCAACGACUGCUUAAAAGAGUAUAGGAGAGACGUUGUAAACUCUCAUGCCACGGAGAUAGAAUCUUCUCUAUAUCAGGCUCCGUUACCAAUAGUGGCAGAGGCAUCGCGGUUCUCCAGUUGGUUGCGAUUGGUGCGUGUUACUGCUCGCGUACAUAAAUAUAUCGCGAUUCUAAAUUCAAAAAUUCGUUCUCGUUCUUUGGCACGUGUUUUACGACGAAAUUUAUCAUCAUCAUCUCAGGUAGUAUCAUCAUCGUCAUCAUCUUGUCUUUCAUUGAUACCAUUAUCUGCAGAAGAUUUGGCCAAGGCUGAAGAAGAUAUAUUGCGUAAGAGUCAAAUGGAAUCCUUUCCUGAAGAGCUAGAAGCACUGAAAAGGCAAGUUCCCCUCAAGGCUCAUAGCCGUUUAAGAAGAUUAUCCCCAUUUUUAGAUCCGCGGGGUGUCAUCCGUUUACAAGGCAGAGUCGGAGCUUCUGAUAUUCCAGAUUCUACAAAGUGGCCUUACAUUCUCGAUGGUCGUAACUACACCGUACGUCUUUUGAUUUCAUUUUACCAUUGUCGAGCUGCUCAUGCCCAACCAAAUCUCGUCAUCAAUGAAUUGCAACAAAGAUACUGGAUACUUCAUCUAAGGAGUUCUCUUCGUGCCAUUGUCCAUCGAUGUCCGAGAUGUAUUCUUCUGAAGUCUAAACCUUUAAAUCCGCCUAUGGGCGACCUACCAGCGGAGAGAUUAGCCCAUCAUCGUCGUCCAUUUACUUUCAUUGGAUUGGAUUAUAUGGGACCGAUGUUGGUGACAGUCGGAAGAAGAAAGGAGAAGAGAUACGUUGCCUUGUUCACCUGCUUAACGUCAAGGGCCAUUCAUUUAGAGGUCGCAGCUUCUCUAUCCACCGACAGCGCCCUUAUGUGUCUUAAGCGUUUUAUAAGCAGAAGAGGGACCCCAGAUAAGAUAUAUUCGGACAACGGAACGGCAUUCGUUGGCUCUAACAACAUACUAAAAGCGAUGAGCGAAGAAGGAGCUAAUACAGGGAUAACAUGGUCUUUUAUUCCACCUGCAGCUCCUCAUAUGGGAGGCGCCUGGGAGCGUCUAGUGCGGUCUGUAAAGACAGCGUUGAAAGUUAUUCUGCGUGAUCGUGCUCCCAGAGAUGAAGUGCUUCAUACAGCCUUAAUUGAAGUUGAAGCGUUAGUAAACAGCCGGCCUCUCACUCACGUUCCUUUAGAUCCCUCUUCACCCGCUCUCACACCAUUCCACUUCAUUUUAGGUGAAUCAUCUCCAUAUCACCCGGUUCCGGUUAUUUUGGAUGAGAGUGAUUUUCUCGGAAGAAGUGAUUGGCGGAAGGCUCAAUGUUUAGCCGACAUGUUUUGGUCUCGCUGGGUUAAGGAGUAUUUACCAACACUGAUUCCGAGAAGAUCCCCUGGCCAAAACCGCGAACAAACAGUGACCGUAGGAGAUAUGGUCCUUAUUGUGGACCCUUCGCUACCACGAGGUACGUGGCCUUUAGGUCGGAUAGCCACCGUAUUUCCGGGCCGUGAUGGUAUAGUUAGGGUAGCGGAGGUAAGCACCUCUGGAGGCAUACUCCGACGGCCACUGAAAAGGCUGGUCAAGUUGCCAGUAGAUUUUCAGUAG